AUUGAUUGCAUAGUAUAACGUAAUGGACAGCACAGUGACUUUGGAUAGACCACGAGUGCUUAUUCCACUUAACUGGACUUCUAAUAUUAUCUGAAAAUUUGGAAUAGACAGUUAGUAAACAAAAUAUAGUUAAUGUCGUAGAAACAGCUAUUGCAAUGGCUACUCCAGCUGCACGCCUCUUCAGUAAACUAGACGGUCUGUUCGCUGUGUACAAACCUCAAGGAGUUCACUGGAAACUUGUCAGGGACACUAUAGAGACGAACCUACUAAAAGCGGUUAAUUCGUGUCCUGCGGCUCCACCGCGCUGUAAGGUCCAGUUUCAGCUUUUACCGAGUGGAGACUGCAGCAGCUCCAGCCAACUCACCGUCACCAAGACCAAUCUGCCUGCUCUGGCUGAUCAUCCUCUGGUGACAGGACCAAGAUUUCAUAAGAUCCGUGUUGGAGUUGGACAUCGAUUGGAUGCAUUUUCCUCCGGAGUGUUAGUUUUGGGUCUGGGGAAUGGAAACACUGCCCUGGAGAGUCUGUAUAGAUCACAUGUGACCAGGGAAUACAUGCUGGAGGGGGAAUUUGGAAUUGCCACAGAUGAUUUCACUCACACUGGACGAGUUAUAGAGCGAAGCACAUUUGAUCAUAUUACAAACGACAAGCUAGAGAGAGUGUUGGCCAUGAUCCAGGGAGCCAAUAAGAAAGCUUUAAUAACGUACUCUCACGUGGACCUGAGCACUCAGGAGGCUUAUGAGCUUGCGGUGAAGGGGCUAUUGCGUCCACUGGAUAAAAGUCCUCCCAUUUUAACUGGCUUGCGAUGUCUCAGCUUUAAGCCACCUCAGUUCACACUAGAGGUUCAGUGUGUGAAUGAAACUCAGCGGUUCCUUCGAAAACUGGUGCAUGAGGUGGGGUUGGAACUGCGAACUAAUGCAGUCUGCACCAAGGUGCGUCGCACACGAGAUGGUCCUUUUAAAAUGGAGGAUGCUCUGACUCGCCACCACUGGACUGCUGAUGAUAUAAUACCAGCCAUUGCGAACUUUCGCCGUACUACACGGAAAAUCCGGAAGAAUGACAUUUACAGACAAGCUAUCAAGCAGUCAGACUCUACCACUCAGACUCAAGGACAAGCAAGGACUAGUACUUGUCAGUUAGAGUCUGUUAGCCAAGAGAAAGCAGGAUCACUGAGUCCUCCUUCAGAAAUGUCUGUUGACAGCAGGCAACUGUAAUGUCCUUUAAUACGAUGGUGGAAUAAGACCCAAUUAUUCCAUUGUGGAGAUCUGUGUUCUGAUUUAUUUGUUAAUCGAACUUUCAAAGUGUUUAUUGUUGUAUAUUGUAAUAUGGGAGGGUGAGUCAGAUGACACCCUGAAAAGUGUAAAUAAAAAAUAAAAAUAAAAAAAUCAGGAAACGGAAUCAAUUUGUCUACAGAAUAAAAAUGUUUAUGAACUCUUGCUUUGAACAAAAUGGUUUGUACUUCCUGUUUGCAUUAAACAAUGCCAAAUAAAAAGAAAGCAAUUUAAUAUAACUCGUC